GCGAGGUGCGCGUGAGUCAGAACGCAAGCCUCCGACGCGGACCGCGCGGAGCAGCCGCCAGCCCAGGGCAUGUACCGAGACUUCGGGGAACCCGGACCGAGCUCCGGGGCCGGCGGCGCGUACGGAGGCCCCCCGCAGCCCCCCGCCGCGGCGCAGGCGGCGGCCCCGCAGAAGUUCCACCUCGUGCCCAGCAUCAACGCUGUGAGUGGCAGCCAGGAGGUGCAGUGGAUGGUGCAGCCUCACUUCCUGGGGCCCGGCAGUUACGCCAGGCCUCUGGCCUACCCCCAGUACAGCCCCCCACAGCCCAGGCCAGGAGUCAUCCAGGCUCUGGGGCCGCCUCCAGGAGCACGUCGCCGGCCCAGCGAACAGAUCAGCCCAGAGGAAGAGGAGCGUCGCCGAGUGAGGCGGGAGCGGAACAAGCUGGCUGCGGCCAAGUGCAGGAACAGGAGGAAGGAACUGACCGACUUCCUGCAGGCGGAGACGGACAAGCUGGAGGACGAGAAGUCCGCGCUGCAGCGGGAGAUUGAGGAGCUGCAGAAGCAGAAAGAGCGCCUGGAGCUGGUGCUGGAAGCCCACCGCCCCAUCUGCAAAAUCCCAGAAGCAGCCCAGGACAGCGGCGACCCAGGCGGCUCCGGCGGCACCAGCAGCCCGCCCGCCCCCUGCCGCCCAGUCCCUUGCAUCUCCCUCUCCCCGGGGCCCGUGCUGGAGCCCGAGGCACUGCACACCCCCACGCUCAUGACCACGCCCUCCCUCACUCCCUUCACCCCCAGCCUGGUCUUCACCUACCCCAGCACCCCUGAGCCCUGCUCCUCCGCCCAUCGCAAAAGCAGCAGCAGCAGUGGGGAUCCCUCCUCAGACCCCCUGGGCUCCCCAACCCUCCUGGCCUUGUGAGGCAGCCCAGCCCCCCUCCUGCAAGGCGCCACCCCAGAAGGCAUCUCCUCCCCCGCCAGCCCCCGCCCCGUUCCCGGGUCCAGCUGGCCUGGACCGCCCAGCCCUCGCGGCGCUUCUCCAUCCCCCCAGGUGAAACCGAGCACAUUUGCACCAAAUCUCAGACCAAACAUCUCCCAUCUGUCAGAAAAACCCAGAGAGACUUUGUAUGACCCCCUAGGGGCCCUGUGGAGCCCACACCCACCCCCCACACUGUCCAGGGAGCCUGUCUCCCAGCCUACAACACUAAUUCACCAGCCCCACUGCCAGCAGCGCACGGCCACGGGCCGACCCCUCCGGCCCGCACAGCCCACGAGGUGUGUGCCACGGGCUUCUAUGACGAGCUCACCUGUAGCCCCCACUCUGAGAAGCCUUUAGCCCCCAGGGAAUCGAGGCCUCCAGAGGGAGGGGCAGCUGCUAUUUAUUUUCCAGAAGAGAGUAUUUUUAUACAAACCUGCCAACAUGGAAUAAAAGGCUUGAAGCUCU